AUGGGAAAUAUUCUUAACAUAGAGUAUGAAGGGCUCCACCUCAUCUGCUUCUCGUGUGGAAAAUAUGGGCACAGGGCUGAUCAGUGCAGUGAAGGUGUUGCGACCAAGGACGUUCAGCCGAGAACGGGAGUCUCCGGGGAACCAACAGUGGAUAUGGAAAGUCAUGAUUUGUGCGAUAAUCAAGGCAUGAAGGAAAGCCAAGAUAACAAUAGUAGGCUCAAUCAGGAUCCCCCUGACUUUGGUCCGUGGAUGAUGGUGAGGAGGCAAGUCCGGAAGAAACAGGGAAGAAUCUCGUCUGAUUUAACUAAAUCCGUUCCUUCUAAUAAUAACCUUCUCAUUGUGGAAGAUGCUACGGAUGAUAUAAGGCAAAAAGUGGAAGGUGGAUCCAUGUUUGAUAUCUUAAAUGUGGAAGAGAAUAAUUGUCAAAAUGAGCCUUGUGAGAACUUGUGUUCACAAGCCACCAUGCAGGUUGGGCUUGAUCCAAAGGAAGCCCAAGAAAGACCUAUCAAAUCUAAUCUUGGCCAAAAAAAGGUUUUAAGGCCAGGAGCAAGUAAAAACCCACAAGCAAAUAAAAAAAAUCCUACCAUAAGAAUUGGGCCAAUUUUGCCCAAGAAAGGCUUUAAGACUAAAGCAAAGGUCCAAGAAAAGAACUCUAUCCUUCCUGAAGCUUCUGUAGUAAUGCAAAAUAGAAUUUCUUCUUCCAGGAACCCCGAGACCGAAUUGAAAGAAAAAGAGAUCUUGAAUCGUAUGAGGGAAAUUGAGAAACAACAAUGGGAAGCCUUUGACAUGACAAAGAGAGUGAAUGUGCUAUUUGAAGAUAACAUUGCGAAGAGUGAAUUCAUGUGUGAUCAUUCGAGUAAGCGGCCCCUCUCAGUGAAGAUGAAGGGAAAGAACGUGGAGGUGGAGUCACCGAAGAAACCCCCGGAUCUCAGCACGGGGGUCCCAGGAGCGGGUGGUAAAGGUUUUCCCACUCUUAUCAGGGAUUUGAGGAGAAAUUAUGAAGCUCAUCUGAUCAUUUUACUUGAGACCCACAUCAGUGGGGACCGGGGUAAAAUUAUUAGAAAUAAAAUAGGGUUUGAUAGCUGCUGUGUGGAAGAGGUUAGGGGCCAUUCGGGAGGUAGAGAUUCUAUGCCCUGGAUGCUAACGGCUAUCUAUGGGAGUCCUCAGAGAUUGAUGUGUAAGUCACUUUGGGAUAAUCUUCGAGAUCUUCGGAAUUCUAUUGAUCUUCCUUGGUGCACCAUUGGCGACUUUAAUGCCAUCUUACACAGUUAUGAAAAAAGGGGAGGAGCUCCUUCUCAAAGUGGUGAUGCUUGCCCCGAUUUUAUAUCUUGCGUCUCGGAUGUAGGCCUUUUGGAUUUGGGUUUCUCUGGCUUUCCCUUUACUUGGAAAAGAGGUAACUUGUUUGAACGCCUGGAUAGAGCUCUUAGCGAUAUUGAUUGGCAAAUUAAAUUUCCUGAAGCUUCCAUUAAACAUUUACCUUCUUUAAAGUCCGACCACUCCCCCAUUUAUCUUCAACUUUCUCCUGUUGCUCUCCCCAACAGGAGAAGACGUCCUUUUCGCUUCUUGGCAGCUUGGUUAAAUCAUCCAGAUUUCGAUAAUCUGGUCUCCAAUAACUGGAGGGUCCAAGAAUCUUGGAGUAAUGGUGUUGAGAAUUUUAAAAGCUCUCUGAAGACGUGGAAUUCUGAGGUUUUUGGAGAUAUUAACAGAAAAAAAGUCAAGGAUUCUUAG